GGAGCCACUCCGUAUUUUUAUUUUAUUUUAUUCUAUUUUGGGGAUUUUAAAGGAUCCCAACGCUAAAGAAUCCCGUGUUGUCCUUUUAUUACGGGUAACUAUAUCUACUAAUAACCUCCUCCCAUCGCCUCCAUGCCUCGCCGGGACGCUCUCCCGCGGUACUAGUCAGCGCCGCCCCUUCAUCUUCUCUAGACGCAGGCAUAAGCACUAAACCGAAACAAGGUAGAGCUUCUGAAACAAUGGUUAAAUCAUCUCCUUCAAUCAGGCGAAUUCGUACACACGCGUUUUGAAUUGUUGACUUGUGUGAUUCAGUUGUUGAUCGGAUCGACGGCGUUAAUGGCAUCCCCUCUCAUGUCGAAUCCGGGCAUUAGCUCCGAAAGUAGAGCACCGGCGACGAGAAAGAAGAAGAGGGACCAAAUUCCGGGGGCGCAAUCUCUGGAUGAAAGCAAUAAUCAUAAAUCCGCCGUGGAAUGGAAAUCCGAAGCUCAACAACGGGCGUACUCCUCCAAGCUUCUCCGAGCGCUCCGACAGGUCCGGUCGAAUCCAUCGCCGGGUCCCAAGGGCGGCAGAGCCGUGCACGAGGUUGCGGACAGAGUUUUGGCCGUAGCGGCCAAAGGACGCACGAGGUGGAGCCGCGCCAUCCUCACGAGCCGGCUGAGGCUGAAGUUCACGAAGAAACACGGAAAAAGGCAGCGUGUGGUUUCACCCGCGGCGGCCACCGGGCACAGCCGGCUCCCGAAGAAUUCCAGGCUAAACAUUCUCCGCCUGAAAACAAAAAACCUGCCCGCUGUACAGAGAAAGGCCCGAGUUCUAGGGCGGUUGGUUCCGGGAUGCCGGAAGGAGGAGCUGCCGGUGAUUCUAGAGGAAGCCACUGAUUAUAUUGCUGCUCUAGAGAUGCAAGUUCGUGCCAUGAGCGCUUUAGCUCACCUCCUAUCCGCCUCGGGCGAUGCCUCGUCCUCAUCGGGAAACCUUCUCAUUCCUCUCAGCUCCGGCCGGCCGCCACAAACCUGAAUAUCAAGUCGAUUUGUCACCUCAAAGAAACAGAACCGAAAAAUCAAAGCCCCCCUCUAUAAUCAUGCUCUUAUUAUCUCUCACUCCGAAUGUGGUAUGAAUAUUCUAUUUUCUCUGUAUGAUAUGUCUCAUUCUUUUUCUUUUCUUCUUCUGGAUUUGGGAUUUGAAUGCAAUAGAAAACGACCUGUGGAGAAAUCAUCUUCCUCACUCACUGGUUUUUGUUUAAAACCAAACCAAAAACCCAGUCACAUUUAGAGUUUGUUAAUCACAUAUAGGUCGCAAUCAUUUACUUAUGUGGUCUUUUAU